CCAUGGGUUGCUGCUGCGUGCCUGGUGGGAGGGCCACUGGGCCUCUCCUCGGACCCCCCGCCCCCUACUGACCCUCAGUUUUACCAGCAGUGCAUGCACCUGGUGCUUCUUGUGUGGUUUGUGUGCGCUCUGCCGUGCCCUGCCACAGCUGUGCUUGUCACAGUGCUGGCAAGGCCACCAGGUCCUAGGUGUGUCCACCUUGAGGGUUUGUAGCUAUCUGGGUCUGAGAUGGGCCUUCCAUUUGGAGAGCUCUGCUAGGUAGGUAUGUGGCUCUGUAGAGGGCCAGUCUCAGGACUUCUGAGCCGUGUGUGUGUGUGUGUGUGUGUGUGUGUGUGUCCCCGUCCGUCCUUGUCCACCACUCAUCACUGGGGGAGCAGCCUGCCUCAGCUGCCUGAGCUCUGGACACAGCUUGCAUCCCUGUCCCAAGGCCUAUCCCCAGGUGCAAAGGGUGGAGUGCCCUGGUUCAGGGCCUGCAGUGUAUACCAGCACUCCUUAGGAAAUGGGCUAUCUGCCCUGGGGUUGUUGGGAGUGGAAGAUGGCACCUGCUGCCUGGUCCCCAUUUAAGCUUGCUUCUAGGAAGCACUGAGGCCACUACCAAGACCCCUCACAGUAGAGGACAGACUGUUUUGCUGAGUCUGAUCCCUCACCAAAGGGAGUUCCAUAAAGCACAUGGGAGCAGGACCCUGGUGAGCCCUAAAGGGUCGCUUCCUACAGGGCUAUGGGUGGAUGGGAACCUGAUGGAGUGUAGUCCUAGAGGGGGCAGUGAGGUUGCCGCAGACCUCCCAGGCAGCAGAUGUCCAUGUCGUGGGCCUGUGCUGUUUAUCCCAGAUGCCUACUCUCACCCUAGGCACCAGCCUGACUAGUACAUACCUCAGGGCCAUUUCUUGAGUUCCUAAUAAUAGAUUGGCAUUCUGAGCAGCCACUGGACAGCCCUUCAUUACACCCAUUCAACUGUGUUGUCACCCCCAGCCCCAACUAACCCAUGCUGGCAGGGCCCAGGUGCUGCCCAGCAGGAAGAAAAACCAAGCUGAAGAUGGCCUGGUAGGAUUGGCGUGAUGAAUGAAGAGGGGCAGCUGGAAGGAGGACUGGUCCUGCCCUGUUCCAGCCAGGUGGUGGGAGGGUUGAGGGUCCAUGGGAGCUUUUCCUUCAGGCCCUUGGGGUUACCCUACCCCCAUGGGUGGGAUAGAGGAAGAGGGGUCCCUGGCAUGUGACCCCAGAGCUCACCUGACAGUAAGGUCUGAAGGGCACUGUAGGAGCUUUGAGGGAUCUCUGGGCAGGUCUGGGGAUGAAAAGGCACAGGACUCCCCACAUGAAUUCACAUAGCUGUGAGCCAGAAGUGCCUGAGGUUGUUGGGCCAUCUCUGCAGUCCCUGCUGAGGGCCUGGGGCUAUUGGGCUGUCAUGGAGACAUGGGUCGUAUCAGUGAGGCAUCAGGGAAGCAGGUUGUCCUGUAGUGGGCACUGGCCAGGCAGCUGGGGGCUGGGUGUGACUCCCAGACCUCUCCUGGGGGAGGACAGCUAUGGUUGAGCAGCCUACCCCAGCCCCCAAGAUCUUGGGGACCCCACAAUGGCUAUGACUACAGAUAUUAACCUCCCCCUGACUCCACAGAGUAUCUUCAGGGACAUGGCCCAGGACAGAUAGACUGAGUUCUUGUUGGGUCUGGUGGGAGAUGGGGGUCCACUUACAUACUGGUCACAGGCUGGCCUGCAGGGGAACUGUGAGCCAUUGAGAGGUACUAGGGGGGCUUCACUGGGGGCAGUGUUCGCCAGACCCGUGCAGAGUGGAGGGUCCUGGGGCACACAGGAGGAGGGAAGGGAGUCGAGGCUGGGUGGUCUCUUCCCUGAUGGCAGCCUGAGAGCUCUUCCAGCCUCUGCCCUUCAGAUAAGCUGCCAGAGAGCCCUAACAUCCAGUGCCCAGGGCUGCAUGUGGUGGCCUCACCUGUGAGCUCCUCUUCAGGGGAUGAGCCCUCAGGGAAUGAGGAGUAAGGUGCUUAGCACUUGCUAUCCCUGGUAGUUUCCCUGAAUGUACACUGGGGUCCUUUGUGCUGGGACCACUGUCUCUCCUUGGUUAUGCCCCAGGCAUCAGCACAGAGGAGGGUGGGGACUGGUGGUGGCAGGGCUUGAAUAUUGGGGGCGGGGCCUUUCAUAAGCCCUGUCCUAACUGUGGCCACAGCAGGACCAGAGUGGAUCAGAAGGCCCUGGGGAGUGAGGGACACCGUGCUUGGAGCAGGAGGAGGUUGGUGACUUGCCUGCAGUCCUCAGCUGAGUGGACAGGGGAACCACUCAGGUCUGUGAGGGUGCCCUUGGCCUUUCAGGAAGAUUGGGAUAGGAGAUGAGCUUUUAGGUGGGACUUGGGGCUAUCUUGAGCUGAGCUCUCACUGACCCUUCUCACAGGGAAGGUGAUACCCAGCAGAAAGGGUGUGGAGGUUUCAGGCUUAGGUGGAGUUCAGGGGCUUAGGAGUGCUGGGGGCUGUCCUGCUGGAUCCUUUGUGGCCAGAUAGGACCCAGCCCAUAGCUGCCUCUCCUCCAGGCUACUGGUGCCAGGGUCUCCUUAUGUUGCUUGCUCAGUACUGGCUUGGCACCCCAGAUUUGGUGCGAUUCCCAGGAAGGGGAUAAGGUCCAGGAUGGGGCUGUGUGGCUAGCAGCCCUUCCACAGGCAGGGUCUUCCCUUGGGGUGGGGGGAUGUUGCUUGGUGGGGAUACCCCUGAGCACAAGCUGAGAGAGGUGUGCAGUGGGUGGUCUGCUGCUCAGCUGGAUGGGGUUGGAGGGUCUGGGUCAAUCAGGACAUGGAGGAGGACCCUGGCCCCACCAUGGAGGCUGUGGACUGUGCUGUCACCUGCCCUCUGCUCAGCACAAAGGAUCGGGGCCUCAUCUGUGAGCAGUGCUUUCCUCUUCCCUAAGGCUGGAGUCAGUGUGCUGGUCAGGGCCCUCAUCCCAGCCAGCCAGCAUGGGUCUGUCAACCAGUCCUGGGGACAGGUCGCUUCAGCUCGCAUAUCCCAGACCAGGUUGUUUUUGUGCCCUGGCCCCUCCCUACCCCUGUAGCAGUCCCUAGGUCACCCUGGCCAUCUCAACUGUCAGCCCUCUGGGUACCCUGUCUGACUUUUGUUCCCAGGCUCUCCACAUUCACACAGGCCUGGCAGGUGCUGUCCCAGAAGCACCUGCUGCUGUUCUCAUUCACCUCCUAAUGUCUCAGAUACCCUUUCUGCUUUGAGGCUGGGCCUGGCAGAGACCCUCCAUGUGUCCAAUGUUCAGACGAUAUCCCCAGCCUGAGGACCCCCACAAGCAGCAGUCCAUAGCCACCAUAAGUUUGGGGCGAGGGGCAGCUGGGGGGUUCAAGGUCCUGUUGUCACUCAGUCCUCUAGCUGUGUGCAUCCACUGUGGGUGUGAAUACCAGGAGCAAGAUGGGAAGGCCCCGAGUGCAGCCUCAGCUUUGGGUGGCAGCAGGGAACAGCAUCCAAAGGUCACUGGCCUCUGGGCCCCCAGAAGGGUUUGUGGGACCUGUCCGCGUGGUUCACAGAGGCACGGAGGACAAAUUCUGGCUGGGUGGUCAGUGGGGACUGACGGGUGGGUGGAAGUGAAGAGUCAAAGCUUCUCCUCCCACAGGCUGUGCACCAUGAGCCCCCGAGCCCACCUCCACAUCUGCCUCUGGCUGUGGCUGGGUACCACCUUGGCACAUGGGCUGGGACAAGUGAGCAGCCACCUAAGGCUAACUGUGCUGCCUGAGGACCGGCUGCAAAUGAAGUGGAGAGAGUCAGUGGGGAGUGGCCUGGGCUACCUGGUGCAGGUGAAGCCCAUGGCAGGGGACUCGGAACAGGAAGUGAUGUUAACUACCAAGAUCCCCAAGGCCACUGUGGGGGGCCUGAGCCCCUCCAAGGGCUACACCUUGCAGAUCUUCAAGCUCACUGGCUCUGGGCCUGUCCUGCUGGUACGGAGGGAGUUUAUGAUUGAAGACCUGAAGAGUAACUCCCUGGGCAAGAGUAGCCAGAGGCCACCAGGGGCAGCUCUGGAGCCCACCCCUUCCCACAGGGGAGCCCCAGAUCCUGAGCAGGCCUCUGACUCCAGAGUCACCUUCACCCCAGGCCAAGACCCUCCCAUUCUCGGAAUACCCAGUAUGGGUCAGCAGCAGCUUGAGCAGCACUGGUCCUGGGGCCCUGUGGCGCAGGAUCCCGCUCAACAUCCCCCGGACCUGGAGAGGCAGAGCCACUCUGUGGCCCCGGCCAGAAAGAGAGAGAAGCUAGCUGGCCCUGAGUUCCGCUGCACUCCCCCCACACCCACUGACAUGGUCUUCCUGGUGGACGGGUCCUGGAGUAUUGGCCGUGGCCACUUCCAGCACGUCAAGAACUUCCUGGCCAGUGUCAUCUCACCCUUUGAGAUUGGGCCCGAUAAAGUCCAAGUAGGCCUGACUCAAUACAGUGGAGACCCCCAGACCGAGUGGGACCUCAACUCCUUCCGCAGCAGUGGGGAGGUGCUGGCAGCUGUGCAUGGCCUCCGCUACAAGGGAGGGAACACGUUCACAGGCCUUGCCCUGACCCAUGUGCUGGGGCAGAACCUGAAACCUUCAGCUGGUCUCCGUCCAGAGGCAGCCAAAGUGGUGAUUCUCGUGACGGAUGGCAAGUCCCAGGAUGAUGUGCACACUGCUGCCCGCGUCCUCAAGGACCUGGACAUUGACGUCUUCGCUGUGGGUGUGAAGAAUGCUGAUGAGGCAGAGCUGAAGGUCCUGGCAUCCCAGCCCCUGGACAUCACUGUGCACAAUGUGCUGGACUUCCCCCAGCUGGCCACCCUAGCUGGACUGCUCAGCCGCCUCAUUUGCCAGAAGGUGCAAGGCAGGAGCCUGAGCAGGGCCCCAGUCACUCCAGAAGAUGCUCCGGCCCUGGAACCCCUCCCAGGGCCCAGCAGCCUGGUCCUGACCCAGAUCACCUCCUCCAGCGUCCACGUGUCCUGGACUCCAGCCCCCCAGCUGCCCCUUGAGUAUCUGAUCGUGUGGCAGUCGUCCAGGGGUGGCCCCCCCCAAGAGCUGGUGAUUGGAGGGCCCGCCUCAUCUGUGCAGCUUUGCAACCUGACCUCCAGCUCCGAGUACCUGGUCUCUGUGCUCCCUGUCUACAAGGAUAGGGUUGGCAAGGGCCUGCAGGGUCUGGUGACUACAGCACCCCUGCCUCCACCGCGGGCACUGACCCUGGUGACAGCAACACCCAGGACGCUCCGCCUGGCCUGGCAGUCCUCUGCCGGGGCCACCCAGUACCUGGUUCGAUGCUUAUCAGCCUCCCCAGGGGGCAAGGAGGAAGAGAAGGAGGUGCAGGUAGGGCGGCCUGAGGUGCUGUUGGACGGCCUGGAACCAGGCAGGGACUACCAGAUCUUGGUGCAGAGCCUGCGAGGGCCAGAGGCCAGUGAGGCCCAGAGCAUCCACAUCAGGACCCCUGCCCUGGCCCCACCAAGGCACCUGGGCUUCUCAGACGUGAGCCACGACUCAGCCCGUGUGUCCUGGGAGGGCACCCAGAGGCCCAUGCGCCUGGUCAGGGUCAGCUACAUCUCCAGUGAUGGUGGUCACUCAGGGCAGACAGAGGCUCCUGGGAAUGCUACAUGGGCUGCUCUGGGACCCCUCUUCUCCUCUACCACCUACACUGUUCGUAUCACCUGCCUCUACCUUGGGGGAGGCUCCUCCACGCUGACUGGCCGUGUGACCACAAGGAAAGCCCCCAGCCCAAGCCAGCUGUCGGUGACAGAGCUGCCAGGGGAUGCAGUCAGGCUGGUGUGGGCAGCGGCAGCCUCAUCGGGCGUACUGGUCUACCAGAUCAAGUGGACACCCCUGGGAGAGGGGCAGGCCCAUGAGAUCUCUGUCCCAGGAACCCUGAGCACAGCCGUCCUGCCUGACCUGGGGAAGCACACAGAGUACGAGAUCACCAUCCUGGCCUACUACAGGGACGGGGCCCGCAGUGACCCUGUGUCCCUCCGCUACUCCCCCUCUGCAGCAAGCAGAAGUCCUCCCUCCAGCCUGGCUCUGUCCUCGGAGACUCCCAACAGCCUUCAGGUCAGCUGGACACCCCCAAGUGGCCAUGUUCUCCACUACCGGCUCACCUACACGCCUGCCACAGGCUCUGGACCUGAGCAAUCAAUCUCUGUGCCAGGGCCCAGGAGCCACACCGUGCUCUCUGACUUGCUAGCUGCCACCAAGUACAAGGUCCUGGUCUCAGCUGUCUACGGAGCAGGGGAGAGUGUGGCAGUGUCUGCCAUGGGCUGGACAGCAGCCUGCCCCACCCUCCACCCGGACAGCUCCCUCCCAGGAUUUGACUUGAUGGCAGCCUUCGGCCUGGUGGAGAAGGAGCACGCCUCUAUUCGAGGUGUGGCCAUGGAACCCUCAGCCUUGGGCCUGACCCCGACCUUCACACUCUUCAAGGAUGCUCAGCUGACACGGCGGACUAGCGACAUCCACCCAGUGGCCCUGCCGCCUGAGCACACCAUUGUCUUCCUUGUGCGCCUGCUCCCUGAGACGCCCCGCGAAGCCUUUGCGCUGUGGCAGAUGACGGCUGAGGACUUCCAGCCCAUCCUCGGGGUUCUUCUGGAUGCUGGCAGAAGGUCGCUGACCUACUUCAACCAUGACCCCAGAGCUGCCUUGCAGGUGGCCACUUUCGACCUGCAGGAGGUGAAGAAGGUCUUCUUCGGGAGCUACCACAAGGUGCAUGUGGCCGUGGGACACUCCAAGGUCAGACUGUAUGUGGACUGCCAGAAGGUGGCUGAGAGGCCCAUCGGAGAGGCUAGCUCACCUACCUCUGGAUUUGUCAUGCUGGGGAGGCUGGCCAAGGCCAGGGGUCCCCGGAGCAGCUCAGCUACGUUCCAGCUUCAGAUGCUGCAGAUUGUGUGUCGUGACACCUGGGCAGAUGAGGACAGGUGCUGUGAGCUUCCUGCAUUGCCCCAGGGUCUGAUGAGAGCCAGGAGAGGGUCCAUGAAUGAGCAGUCUCCUUUCUUCCAGAGGGAUAGAGAGACAUGCCCUGCCUUCCCUUCUGCCUGCACCUGCUCUUCAGAGACUCCCGGGCCCCCAGGGCCUCAAGGCCCUCCAGGCCUCCCUGGGAGGAAUGGCACCCCAGGAGGACAGGGCCUCCCCGGGCCCAGGGUGGUUUUUCUUGACUCUCACUUCUGUUCUUGCCUAGUGGUAUUGGGAGAGCCAGGGCCACCCGGACAGACAGGACCUGAGGGCCCUGGAGGUCAGCAGGGGUCACCAGGGACCCAGGGCCGCACAGUCCAGGGACCUGUGGGUCCACCAGGGUCAAAAGGAGAGAAGGGAGACCAGGGGCUCCCAGGCUUACAGGGCUACCCUGGCCAGCAAGGCACCCCUGGGAGAGUUGGCCUCCAGGGACCAAAGGGAAUGAGAGGACUAGAAGGACCUGCUGGCCAGCCUGGCCCCCCUGGCCCCAGGGACAUUCCUGGUGCUGCCCCAAGUAACCCUACACCUCCCACCCCGGUGGCGACAUUAAGCAGAAUCUGUCCUGAAGAAGCCCAGGAGAACCUCAAGAAGAACCUGGGGCAGAAGCAGAGGGAGCCAGAAGCUGCGGCACAUCCAGAGCCUCUCUCUGUAGCAUUUCCAAGUUCAGAUAAAGGCCGAUUGCUUAUCUAUCAGCCCGAGGUGCCUGCUCAUUGCUGAGGCCGGGUCUUCCCACCCCACUUUCUGGCUCACACAAAACCGGGCCAGGAUUCCCACCCCGCUUCUCAGGCCUCCUCAAAGCUCAUCCUGUGGCCACCCCUCACCCAAGACAGCAGAUGCUCACCAACACAGUGGCCAGAAGGUUGCCUAGAACUCCAGUCACACCCUCCACUUGCCUAGAACUCCAGUCCAGCUGGGAGUGAAAUCCAAACCCUCUGCCUGCAGCUCCAGAACGUGGCAGGUUUCCUGCUGUGUCCACCCAUGGUCUUCACCUGCACUGUGCCUUUGCUGGGCUGCUCCCCAGGUGGUCGUCCCACUGCAGCGCCCUCCUCACAGCACACCACCCCAGCCCCCGUUGCAUCCAGAUAUGAUGCCAAGGCCUUGUCUGCCUGGUCCCCCUUCUGUCCUCAGCCCAAGGAGUCCAGACCCUUGCGUGAGUGGCCACCCUCACUCACCAGCCCCUGCACUGUGUUCCUGGCCUCAGGAUCUCUGAGUAAGGCCACCCUUCAGCAGGGGUGCCUGGCCCUACAUUGCAUUCUGCCCUGGCUUCACUACCUGUGCCCAGGCAGGGGUCUGAGAAAGUGUGGGAUGAGCUCACAGCACCCUGUGCUCCAUCCUGUGGCCCAGAGAAGAGACUCCCUCUUUUCCAAACCAAUAUUCAAUAGUUAAAUCUACUCUUCCCAUUUGUGUAGGUAAAUGAGAAAGAUACCAAAACCACAGGGGGAAUCCACCUCACUGGGGGGAAAUCAGAAUAAAAAAUUUUAAAAAAGAGCAAAUAGAGACCUGAUAAAAGGAAUCAUCUGCCAAGACUCCAGGCAUAGAUCUGCACACAGCCACCAACACGGGCCCAAAGAGCCGAAGGCAGGACAAGCUCCGGGGCUGACACUCAGUCCAGGAUCACAGGGAGGACUCUCCGCUGCUCCAGUACCUGGCCAAACCUGGGGACACACUGGGAACGACAGAGGGCCCAGUGAGACGAAGGAGAGCACCUGCACCCCAUGGGAGACAUGUGGCUACCAGCUGGAAGUGCCAGCUCCCACCACACGGAGAUUUCUCAGAUCUGUGGACAGACCAGUCACAGGGCAAGGAGGCUGAGGCAGCAGGAGGACGGAUCUGGUCCUGAGGGACAGUGAGCACAGAGUAGAGGAGCCGCGAAGGCGGCAUCCUGGGGGAGUCGUAGCUGCAGGGCCAGGGAGCAGAGAUAGUCGCCGAGAGCCAGGGUGGGGUCCCUGUCCCUCAGGAAGGUCACCAGGCUAUCUGGCUACUGUCUGAGCUGACACGUCCAGGGCUUCUGCUUGGGGGCCAGAGACACAGCUGGGCCAGGCCACUCUUUUUCUUCAGUACCAGAUAUUAAACAGCCCCAGAGGACCAAGAAGGCUCUUGAAAGGCAGAGCAAGGACAGACCUUUGUCAUAAGGAAUCAAGCCCAGGGUCAAGGGCACCCAGGGCCCCUAAAGAGCCCCUCAGGGCCGGGUCAGCUCAGGGAUCUCAAGCCUCUGCCUGCUUCUUACUGCUGUUCCUGCUGCCCCAGUCUCAAACGUGAGCCACAGCCACCCCACAACCAGGAAAUCAACUAAAAUAGCAAAGGCAGCUUGGGGUCAGUCCCUGGACUGCACAGCUGUUGGUGAGCAGUGAGCCCGAGCAGCCAGCCCCUCUCUGCACCCCUGACACACAAGCCACAGCUGCCCGGUCUGCUUUUUUUUUUUUU